AAAGUUAAGAGAAGUUUGGAAGUUUGGGUCACGUGGUUUUAAAGUGGUGGAAAGUUUUUGUUAUCGAGUUUUUGAUCUGUGCUUCAUUUAAAAGUUGUUGGAACAAAUUUAUCUUCCGCAAAAGAAACCACUCCAUCAGACCAACAACUGCUACAACUUCACAAAUAAACAUGGGGAAAGGAAGCCUGAAAAGGUUCAGAAAUAAGACUUGUUCAAAAUACAAGAAAUCCAGGGUCGUCCAGAAGAGGAGAGGUGGCACCAAAGUUGCAACUAAGAAGAAUUUCACCAAGACAACAGUGAAGGGAGCAGACCCAACAGCUGUGGCCAAGCCAGCUGUUAAAUCGGAAAGCAGCUCAAGAAGAUCAAGAAACCUGGAGAAACCUGCAGAACCAGAACAGGAAGGGGAAGAGGAGGAAGACCUUUGCAGCAGCACUAGUGAGUCCUCUGGGAAAGAGAAUGAAUUUCACCCCUGCAUACUGAAGCAGUCACAGACUUUCAGUUGUAGUGAGAAGUUAGAACUCUCUGGAACAACUUGUAAAUCCACCUGUAAGCAAACAAAGAUGGAAGCAGAACGUGAAGAGAAGAGGCUUCAAACACGCAAAGGAAGCAAGGUUCCUGUAGACUGUAUAGCACAGGCUCUCAGUGCCUAUGGCUCCAUGGCAAGAAAGAGAAGUGCCAAGGAAGUCGUAUAUGGAGCCCCAGUUAACAAGAGGAAGUCUCUUCUGAUGAAACCACGUCAUUACAGUCCCAGCAAUGACUGCGAGGAGGAGAAUAAGGACUUCACAGAAUCAGAGGACAAAGAAGAGUCAAGGAGCACUGAGUCUCUAGCAGGAGUGAGUUUGGAGACAGACGAGCUCUCAUGUAAAAACAGCUACCACAUUGCAGAGGAAAGGACACUACUGAAACAAGAACCUGAGGAUUCACCUGAGCAUGCUGCCUUUGAAAGCAGCCUGAGUGACAGUGGCAUCCACUCCACAGAAGCAGGCAGUGAAGGUGAUGUGCCAGACCAAGCAAAAGAGAAAAACAAUGUUGCUUCAGAGGUGGAGAGCUUGACUUAUUGCUCUUUAGUGCACAGUGAAAGCCACUCUGAAAUUGUGGACAGUGAGUGGGGGAGCUUGUCCAAGUUUGUGAUGGUGAAUGGCUUAAACGGUAAUCACACAACAGAGUCACUGGGGAAGAAAAGUGAUGCAGUGAAGUAUGAUGAUGACAUGGAUUCAGGUGCUUGCCAAGACCUGGAUGUGCGAAUAAAGAGUCUGCAGGGUGAGACCCUGAGCUCUAGGAAAGACCUAAGUGAAAGUGAAGACAAGGUUGAUGUUCUUGAUGAAGAUGAUGGCUGGUCAGCAGGGGUUUCAGAGCACACCCUUAAUUUCGGUAGGGCUAAAGGGAAUCUCCUGGAACAGGCCAUAGCCCUUCAGUCUGAGCAGCGGCAGGUCCUUCACAAUGCUUACAAGGAAAUGGACAGGUUCUUACUGGAACAAAUGAGUGGGGAAAGGAGACACAGCAGACUUGUAGACAUUGAUGGCAGACACAGCUAUAACAAUUGCAAAGAAUCUCCAAGAUCAGAUAAGAAGGAAACAAAGUGCCCUACACCAGGUUGUGAUGGCACUGGUCAUGUGACAGGACUCUACCCACAUCACAGAAGUCUUUCUGGAUGCCCCCAUAAGGUCCGAGUGCCACCAGAGAUCCUUGCCAUGCAUGAGAAUGUACUGAAAUGCCCAACUCCAGGAUGCACAGGAAGGGGGCAUGUCAAUAGUAACCGCAGCACACACAGGAGUCUUUCUGGUUGUCCUAUUGCUGCUGCUGGAAAAAUUCCUAAAUCCCAGGAAGAUAGUCCAAAAAGUGAACAAAAUUCUGACUGGGUGUCCAGACCUCCAGGCUUGCCAAGACAGUUCGAGGUUCCUCAAUACAGCUACAGUUUUGCACAGCCUGUCACUGCUCUCCAAGCCAACCUGGCAAAGAAUUUGGACAAAUACAGCAAGAUCCGUUUUGAUUAUGCUAGCUUUGAUGCACAGGUCUUUGGUAAACGGACUGCUUCCCCAGUUGCACUGGACCAAGAUGCUGCACACUUUUCUGAAUCGUCCCCACAGUUUUCAAGCUCACUGACAUCCAGCAGCAGACUGCCAGGCCCCCAGGUGCAGAGCCCCUGCCAUCCCAGCACCCACAGCUACAGCCAUGAUGCUGGAAAUGACCAUGCUGCUCCUGAGGCCGCUGCCAUUCUCAACCUGUCCCCCCGAUACAGAGGGAACCCAGACAGUAACUCUGCCAUACUGCAGCCUCCCACUACAAAGGAUGUAUUCAUUGAGGUGGAUGAAAACGGCACUCUGGACCUGAGCAUGAAAAGGAACAGUGUUCAUGAGAAGGUCCCUCCAGUUCUACCUUUGGAAGCUGCACCAUCUACACCUGAGUCUUCUCCUUCAAAAACUGGCAUCAUCCUGGUAACACCUGCCUUCUAUCAGGCUCUUUGUGAACAGGAAGGAUGGGACACUCCUGUUAACUACAGCAAAGAUCACAAAUUAAUAGACAAAGCGAAAGAAGAACUAGAUAGUGUACCUGACAUUCUGGAGGAAAGAAAAUAUCCAGGUGAUGUAACUAUUCCGAGUCAGAUGUCCAAACCUCUUUCCAGGGACAAUAAAAAGGAGCUGAUGAGCUGUCCAACUCCAGGAUGUGAUGGAAGUGGACAUGUGACUGGAAAUUAUGCUUCUCAUCGCAGUGUUUCUGGCUGUCCAUUGGCUGACAAGACUCUAAAAUCUAUCAUGGCUGCCAAUUCUCAAGAACUCAAGUGUCCAACACCUGGUUGUGAUGGUUCAGGUCAUGUGACUGGAAACUAUGCUUCACACAGAAGCUUAUCUGGCUGUCCAAGGGCCAAGAAGGGAGGGCUGAAACUAACACCCAGCAAGGAAGACCAAGAUAAGGAAGACCAAGAUCUUAAAUGUCCAGUAAUUGGUUGUGAUGGCCAGGGUCACAUAUCAGGCAAAUAUACAUCCCAUCGCAGUGCAUCAGGCUGCCCUAUAGCUGUCAAGAGACAGAAGGAGAGCUCUAAUAAUGGGUCUGCAUUCUCCUGGAGUGUCAGCAAACAAGAACUGCCACACUGUCCUUUGCCAGGCUGUAAUGGAUUAGGUCAUGCUAAUAAUGUGUUUGUCACUCAUAGAAGUUUGUCUGGAUGUCCGUUGAAUGCCCAGACGAUCAAGAAAUUUAAGCAUUCAGGAGAAGAGAUGAUGACUAUUAAACUUAAAGCAAGCAGUGGUAUAGAAAAUGAAGACAUGAAACACUUAGAUGAGGAGAUCAAGGAACUGAAUGAAUCCAAUCUUAAAAUAGAGGCAGACAUGCAGAAACUCCAGAUUCAGAUAUCUUCAAUGGAAUGUAAUUUAAAAUCAAUUGAAGAAGAAAACAAGCUGAUUGAGCAGCACAAUGACAGCCUGCUGAAGGAGUUAGCUCGUCUGAGUCAGGCUCUUAUCAACAGUCUUUCUGAUAUUCAACUCCCUCAAAUGGGGCCAAUCAGCGAGCAGAAUUUUGAAGCCUAUGUGAACACUCUGACAGACAUGUAUAACAAUUUGGAGCAUGAUUACUCUCCUGAAUGUAAAGCUCUUCUUGAAAGCAUCAAACAAGCUGUAAAAGGCAUUCACGUGUAAACUUUCAAACCAGUAUAAAUUGUAUCAAAGCUAUAAGUGCUGCUGAACAGUUGGAUUCUUUGGGAUGGACUGGUUUGGUUGCAUAUACAAGAGAAGACUUUUGGACAUGUAGUUCCGUAAUACAGCUGACACAUUGCACUAAAAAAGAUAUUUAUACCAGUACCAGUGGUGACAUGUAAUGGACUUUAACAACAAUUCACUUGAAAUAUUUAUUUUAUUUUAUUUUAUUUUAUUUUAUUUUAUUUUAUUUUAUUUUAUUUUAUUCCCUUUGCACUUAGUUUUUUUUUAUAGCUUGCUGUAAAUUAAUUGUGAAUUUGUAAUUUUUCUAAAUAUAUAUUAUCAUUUAUUGUCUUUCCGAACUUAAUAGGUAUAUAAUUUGUAAUUUAUUCCUGCCAUAUUUAAGCAGAAUGAUUUCCAGCGUGAAAAAUAAUCUUACAUGCGUUUAGAUUUAGGUAAACUAAGCAGAUUUUAUGUGAAAUGUUGUGACCAGCAGUUUUAAUCAUUUAUGUAAUCUGCACAUUGUAAAGAAUAUUUUAACUGCUAACUUUUAUUUUCCUUUAGCUUUUUUUUACUUCGAAACUGAGCAAAAUUCAUGGAAUAUGUCUUGAGAAGAAAUAUGGUGAAAUGCUGCCAUCCAAUGGACUGUCAAUAGCAAGAAUUUUCCAGCAAUAAUGACAACUGGGAAUUUUUUCAGAAACAGCUUAAUAAGAUAAUUUCAGUUUAUUAAUAUGUAUUAUAUAUCUAAGCAACUGAAUGAACAUUGUCUCAAAUACGGUAUUUCCAUGUGUUAAACUUUUACUGUUAUAUUACAGAAGACAUUCCAAAUAGGAAUUAUCAAAAUAGUCUCACGUCAAAGAUAUCCUGAAAAAGUCUGAGAGAAUGUAAAACCUUGUAAUAGUUAUAGCCCCUCCCAAAUUGGCACUUAACAAGAAUAGUUCCUCCUUUUCAUCGAAAAUUAUAUUCACCUGAUCCAACCUUAUAAUCUCAUGCUCUUGAAGGGUUGAAUAUUGAUUUCAAUGGUUGAGCAAAGUUCAAGCUUUCAGAUUGAUGACUGAUGAGACAAUGAGAAUAUCAGGAGCUGUUUAAAUAUUUUUAAACAUAUAUAUUUUUUUCUAGUCUUUACUGAUACAAACUGCCUUUUUGUGUGCACAUACAGUAAAGUUGUGUGCAUAGAUGUGCCUAAGUGUAAAUGUAUUCAUGAAGCAUAUUAGUUUCCAUUUUGUGUAUAGUACCAUAUUACUGGGUAAAGUGUCUACUGUAUGUUCAUAAUACACAAAAAAAAAAGGUUUUAAACAAAGACAAGACAUUAAAAUAGGUAUUAAUGUUACCUAAAGUGAAACAGACACUUCAGGUGACUAGCACAAUUUGACUGUUUCAAAGCCACCAUUAUAUCAGUUUAAUCUUUGAUUAAGAUGUCUCCUGCUUAUCGAUAUACACUGGGGGGGGGGAAAAAAAAAUGUAAAACUGAUGAAUGUGACUUUCAGUAAUGGCUGAAAAUGUUAUACCAGACUUGAAUAAACUUUGGCUUUGCUACUGUGAUCUAAUAUCACAUGGGUGGCUCUAUUCUCGAAAAAUCUAAACAAAACCAAAAAAACAUCUGAUCUGUAAUAGGAGAAGAAUAAUGUUUUUUUUCUUAAAAUGGAAUUGUGUUUGUAUUUAAGAUGUCUGAUUUACAUUUUUGCUUAAAGAACAGUUUGGAAAUGACAGUUUGGUGGUACUUUACAUUUAAUAUUUGAAUAUUUUCCAAUUGAAAAUUAAAUGUAUUUAUUAUGAACAGAAGUUAGGACGGAAUGAAUCACUGAACCAAAUACCACCUAUAACUGUUUAAACAAAAAGCCAAUGUGUAGUAUUAAAUAUUUAGAGAAUGAAAAAAAAGUGUUUAAAAAUACUUUAAGGUAUUUAAUUUAUUAAUCAAUAUUUAUUGUAUAUUUAAAUACACUGGAAAUUAAGGUAUAUUGUGCUUAGCCAGAUGUAUGAAGAAUAUAACAGAAAAACACAUUUAAAAAAUUUAAUCAGUUAAAUCCCUCAUAAAAUACAUAACAGGGUCAAUUUUAAUGCUCUAAACAGACAGAUCAAAAUAGUACUGCUUAUUAAAUAUAUUUAUCCAGCUAGUCUAAAGUCGUCUUCAAUAUAACUGACUUACAAGUUUAAGGAUCUGCUGCUGUUAAAAUCAACGAAAUAGAUCAACAUGUUUUGUUUUUUUUCUGACACUACCAAAAAAUAAAAAUAUUAUGUUUGUAUAACUGAUAUUAGGCUUGCAAUAUUUUUCAAGAGUAGAGCCCUUAAUAUCAAUGUUAUUAAGCAUUAAAAAAAAGAGUAUGUGAUAAGUUUGGUUGAACUGAGGUUUAGUAAUUCACUGUGGGUUUGUUGUUCUUUUUCAGUGAGUCUAGUUUGCAUUAACUAAUGUUUGUAUGUUAAAAUCGCUAUGUUCUCUUAGACUACACUAGGCCAGUACAUUUUGUGCAGUUUAAAUACAAAAAUAAUACUAAUCAAGUCUACACAAACCUGCCAACAGAAUGAACUUUUGCUAAAAUGCAAAUAAAUGUUUUAUUUUAUACAAAAUGAGCCAGCUCAUUAAAAUGUAAUUUUAAUAAAUGAAACUUUUAUCAGACAUUGACGAAAUUCAUGAUAAUUGCUAAACUUUAUAAAAUUCUGCUUAUUUAUUUGUUAUCGUUAAUAUUUAAUUUAUAUGCCAUGCAUUGUUUGCUCAGGAAGUUUUGUGAAGAAUAUUUAUUUUUCCUUGUUUGUACUUGAUGUGUUUUGUAACGUGCACUGAAUUUUGUGUUGAACUACAUUGGUAAUAUGAAACUGUUCUGUAAAUUAGACUCUUUUUUUAAUUUCAAGUAGUUUCUACAUUGGAGUUUCCUUACAAUUGUACUAUUUCAUAAACAGAAAUGUGCUGUGUUGUACAGUUUGUGUAUGGUAGAAAAUAAAUAAAAAAAAUUGACAACUUAA